UAGGUUAUGUACUAAAUUGGGUAACUGUCCAGUGAUAGCAGAUAAACACCUGCUCGUACACAUCAUCUUGAGCCGGAGAAAGACGGGGAACCGCUUUAAAACAACAAACAUUUGGACCAGUGAUCGAUCCAAGACAAGGGAUUUGGAUUUUAAAAUGUCAGCGCUGAGAAGCAAGAGAAAAGAAUAUCUAAGUGUGAAGGAUUUGCAGAAGCUUUUGGACUCUUGCAAGCUGCACCUCAAUCAAAUUGACGAAGUGUGGCCGAACAUAUACAUAGGAAAUGUGGCAGUAGCCCAAAACAAGGCUGCCUUGCUGAAAUUAGGUAUAACUCAUGUAUUAAACGCUGCUCACUCCAAGCGAGGCAGCAUAGGGAACCAAAGCUUUUAUGGCAACGACUUUGUGUAUUGUGGCAUUCCAGCAGAUGACUCGACACACUUUGAUCUGGAUGUUUACUUUCAGCCUGCAGCCGAUUUCAUUCACAAAGCUCUGAAGUCACCUGAUGGGAAAGUUCUGGUGCACUGCAUCAUGGGAAUGAGCCGGUCAUCGACCUUGGUUUUGGCAUACCUCAUGAUCUACCAUCAUCUCCCACUCAAACAGGCUUUGCAGAAGCUGAUCCAGAAAAGAGCCAUCUACCCCAACAGAAAUUUCCUGGCUUUGCUGUUGGAUCUGGAUCUUCAACUGACAAAGAAAAAGAAAACAUGUCGGAUCCUGUAGUGAAAAGAGGCAUUUACAUCUUCAGCCACAAAGCCACGCGGUGGUUUCUGGGAAUAACGAUGCCAGCCAGUCUGUCGGUGCAACAGUCCAGACUGAAACGUUUAGAUACAUCAUCGUGAAAUUUGGUUCGACUGAGUGGAUUUCUGUCGACUCAGCUGUCCACAUCACUAACAGAGAUCAAAGUUGCACAAAUCACACAGAAUAAACUAUCAGUGCUUGUUUUUAUAUUUAUAUGUUACUGAAAUGCCAAACGUUAAUGGCAGGAGACAAACUCUGUACACUCAUUAGUCUUUACUUUUAUUAUGAUGAGGUUCACCAUUCUAAACAAGCUCAGAUAGAUAGAUAGAUAGAUAGAUAGAUAGAUAGAUAGAUAGAUAGAUAGAUAGA